AUGAAGGAUAACAAGACGUAUCAUAUUGCAGUCUUACCAGGCGAUGGCAUUGGCCCUGAGGUUUGUGGCGCGGCCUAUGACGAACACAAGACACAUCUUCCUCAAUCGACGGUGGACCUUGUCGCCGCUUCAGAUGCUGUACUUUUUGGCUCAGUAGGUGGACCUACAGACGCUCAGGAAGAUCCUAAAUGGAAAAAUGCAGAAAAGAAUUGUCUAUUGGGUCUUCGCAAGAACUUUCAAUUGGCUGUAAACAUCCGUCCGGCUAAAAUCUACUCGAUGCUGCCGGAUUUAUCACCGCUUAAGCCCAGUAUCAUUGCUAAUGGUGUUGAUAUGGUUAUUGUCCGUGAGCUUGUGUCGGGGAUUUACUUUGGUGAACACACUACCAGUGGUGACACGGCUACGGACGUGAUGAAGUACACGGAGGCAGAGAUUGCUAAACCCAUGAAGUUUGCCUUUGAGACCGCUAUGAGCCGCUCGAAGAGAUUGACGGUAGUGGACAAGGCCAACGUGCUGGACUGCAGUCGGCUGUGGCGCAAAGUAGCCAAGAAUGUAUCCAAGGACUACCCCGAGGUCAAAUGUGACUUUAUGUACAUCGAUAACGCAGUGAUGCAGCUGAUCCGCAACCCGUCACAGUUUGAUGUGAUCGUGACGGGCAACAUGUUUGGUGAUAUUCUAUCGGAUGCAGCAUCAGUGCUGCCAGGAUCGCUUGGUCUCAUGCCCUCAGCUAGUCUCGGCAACAAGGUUCACUUGUUCGAGCCUAUCGGUGGCUCAGCACCUGAUAUUGCUGGCAAGGAUUUGGCCAACCCCAUUGCGCAGAUUCUGUCAGCUGCAAUGCUGCUGCGCUACUCAUUUCAGAUGGAAUCUGAGGCACUGCUGAUUGAAAAGGCCGUGGAGGAAGUACUUUUGGACGGUGUGCGAACGGGUGACCUGACGAAGGAUCAGUCUACUGUAGUUGGCACGAAGGCGAUGGGUGUCGCCAUUAUUACCAAGAUGCACGCACUCCACCAAUAA